UCUGAAAAAUGAUGACGUGAAACCAUGAAGUCUUGCUGUGUUGUCAUCUGUUUGCACAGGAACAAAGUGCUUCAAAGCAAACAUAAUGAAAUAAACAGACGAAUCAAGUUUCGUGUGCGCAAAACAGCAAGGCUACAUUGCAUAAAGGCUCCAGAAAGGAAGAUAUCCUGAUAACGUUUACGAAACGAGCAAAAUAGGGCUGUUAUAAUUUUCGAAAGGACUUAUUGUGAAGUUUCUUCGUGAUUCGUGAAGACUCUCGUGAAAUAUUGUAAUUAAGUGCGCAAUAGUUCUGAGUGUCCCUCUACCGCGCGAGGAUGAAUGUGGGCACGGCGCACAGUGAGGUGAAUCCAAACACGCGAGUGAUGAACAGCAGGGGUAUAUGGCUUUCAUAUGUGCUUGGCAUCGGCCUCCUACACAUCAUAUUGCUCAGCAUACCCUUCGUCAGCGUGCCUGUGGUCUGGACCCUCACAAACCUCAUCCAUAACAUGUGCAUGUAUAUCUUCCUACACACGGUAAAAGGAACGCCGUUUGAGACUCCGGACCAAGGCAAGGCCCGGCUGCUGACCCACUGGGAACAGAUGGACUACGGGGUCCAGUUCACCGCCUCUCGAAAGUUUCUCACCAUCACCCCUAUUAUACUGUAUUUCCUGACCAGUUUCUAUACAAAGUAUGACAGGGUCCACUUCAUCAUCAACACCAUUUCCCUGCUCACCGUGCUCAUCCCCAAACUUCCUCAGUUCCACGGGGUCCGUCUCUUCGGAAUUAAUAAGUACUGAUGAGGUUUUUUUCUUCAACGCAAGAGACACACAGGGUGCUCAUUGACUUACUCUGUGAGAAUAAAAAAGGGGGAAAUUGAGGGCUUCUUCAGAUGCUCUUCUGCUUUGCGGUCGAACUGGCCGAAUUGUUUGCUACGACAUCACUUUUAUUGAUGUUUUUUUGUAUAACAUUUGAUGGAUACAAAUGCAAUUGUUGAACCACCAGCAGAAUGCAGCAGAUGAGGGUCUCUGGAGAUGUUAAGACCUCUGUUCUACUUUGUUGCCUAACAGCAUAAUGUACGUCAUGUGGAUCCACAUGUUAGCUUUCAGUCACUUUAGCAGAAAAGCUGCGUUGAUGCAAUGAAUCUGAUGAGUCAAAAUAAUCUGGUUCAUCAUGUCUUAACUGUUUUGGGAGCCUGAGUCAGCAUUUCCCAGUAUGCAGUGCUGGGGAAAGAGAAGAAAGGUACUGUGUUUCUGAAGAAAGUGUACAAGGCUAUUUUUAGCCCAGGUGCAAAAGACUGUCUUCAAUCCCAUGGUUGAACUUUGUUCUGAUAAAACUUUUGCCAGCCCUUUAUUUCAAAAGUUAAAACACGUUUUUAGAUUUAAAACAAAACUAGUUUAAUUUAUAUAUGAUAUUUUAAACUGAUUGCGCAUAUGUCGGUUGCAGUGAUACAUAUCUAGUGUUUAACCAGAGCCCUAAAACCUUUCACUCUUUUAUAACAUGCACUUAAUAUUGAGUAAUAAAAUGAGUUGCAUGGGAAUUAAAACCCUCUAAGAGCUCUAGAUGGGGAGCACAGAUACAGGGAAUAUUGGAUUGGAUCCUUUUUUUGCCAAGAGAGAAACUUUAGUCUAGCUGUGCAAAUGACCUUUGGAUUGUAAUCUGUUUUGUUGGACUUACAGUAUCUCACAGAAGUGAGUACACCCAUCACAUUUUUGUAAAUAUUUUAUUAUAUCUUUUCAUGUGACAACACUGAAGUUGACACAUUGCUAUAAUGUAAAAUAGUGAAUAU